AUGAGACGGAUUCGCUCGAAGAGUGUAGAGCCCAAAACAGUUGAUUCAUCAUCAGCUAGCAGUGAUGAAGAUUCAGUCAUGUCGGUUCAAAAUCAAUUUACAUCAAGUACAGAUAAUGCUGAUGAUAUGAUGAAUUUUUAUUUAAUUAUUCAUAUGCAAUCUUUGAUCUUAUUGCUGAAACAAACUUUAUGUUCUGAAUGUAAUAAUUAUUGGAAUGGAUCUGCGUCGAUCAAGCAAAGGGAUGGAUUAUAUAUGCAUAUUGAAUUCAUGUGUUCUAAUUGCAGGUUCAUCACUCAUUUACAUUCAUCACCACAAAUACCGAAUACUAGACGUCGAGAAAUUAAUAUUCGAUUAGAAAUUGGUGGUAUUUUGUGUGGUUUAAGUCAUGGUGGUGUAAUGAAAUUUUUAGGUGCUUUAAAUCUACCACCACCAGUUCAAGAACAGAGAUAUAGUGAAGCACAACAAUUUAUCUGGAAUUAUGUAACAAAAGCUCAAGAAGAAUCAAUGACUGCUGCUGUUGAAGAAGCAAUCGUCGAAGGUGGUGGUAUGCGAGAAUUAACAGUAAGUGGAGAUGGUGCGUGGCCUACACGUGGUUAUUCGAGUGUUCAUGGAAUUGCAGCUCUAUGCUCAACAACAAGUCAUCCAAAAGUGUUAGACGUAACGUGGUCAUCCAAAAAAUGUUCUAAAUGUCAAGGAGCAGAGAGUCUGCGUUAUGCAAAUCCCGAUUUAUUCUUGAUUUUUCAAGAAAAUCAUGAUUGUCAAUUGAAUUAUGCAGGAUCAUCAGGUGGAAUGGAAAAAGAGAUGAUUCAUGAGAUGUUUUGUCGAUCAUUACCAAAAUAUAAUAUCAAAUAUACUUCUUAUAUCGGUGAUGGAGAUGCCAAGGUGCAUAAAUACUUGGUGGAUAAUCCUUCUUAUUCUGAUGUGAAUAUUAAAAAAAUCGAGGAUACGAAUCACUUUGCCAAAAGAAUGCUGACCCGCAUUAUGAAGAUCAAGAAAGAAAAUGCAAAUAAAAUUUUAUCUGAUGGUAAAAGAUUUAGUGGUAAAGGUCGAAUGACUGAUGCACAAGCUGUUAAAUUUAAAAUUUACUUUGCCAAAGCAAUACGUGAAAAUAAAACUGAUUUGAAUAAACUUUAUCAACGAUCAUGGGCAAUUUUUAAACAUCAUUACUCAACAGAUGAACAACCUAUGCAUGAGUGGUGCGAUUUACGGUGGUGCAAAUAUCUGCAAGCAACAGCAAAUGGUGAAAAAUUUAACCACCAUUCGCAAGUAUGUAUUCCACGUGCAUGUUUAGAUAUGAUCAAGCCGGUGUUCGAUGAGCUAUGCACGCAAAAUAGUUUAGCACGUGUGAUAGGUGGUGGUUCUCAAAAUGCCAAUGAAUCUUUCCAUUCGUUAUUGUGGACAAUAGUUCCAAAGAAUCGUUAUUGUUCAUCGAUAAAGCUUCGUAUUGGAUUGGGCUUAUCAACAAUUAUUUACAAUGAUGGUUAUGAGUCAUUGAAUAAAUUAUUGACAACUAUUUUUUCUUCGAUGGGUCAUUAUUCUGCUGAGUGUUUUUAUAAACUCGAUGCAAUGAGAAAAUCUUCUGCUUCAAAAAAAAAAAAACGUGUGAAAACAUCACAAGCAGCAGCAGCAACCACUACUAGUAUUUCUUCAAGCGAGAGUGAUAAUGAAAAUUUUCACACUGUAAAUGAAGAAAAUUUUGAUGAUAUCUCACAUGAUUUAACCAUAUUUGAACAAAUGGAAAGUGAUCAAGAUGAAUAUGAUGAUAAUAAUGAUUAUGAACCAGGAGGUGAUGAUUGA